GAAAGAGAGAGAGAGAGAGAGAGAGAGAGAGAGAGAGGGGCUACAGAAACAACGCGGCUUGGUGCACAAGUGUUGUGACCGGGGUGGACCGUUAUUGUCACGUUGUGCGGAGCGAAUAACACAGCCGUCAGAGCAUUUUGCGAGGAUAAAGGCAAAACACUGAGACAUCCAGCCGAAAUGGGGAAGGUGGAAGGAGGAAUGAAAUGCGUGAAAUACCUUUUGUUCGUGUUCAACUUCAUAUUCUGGUUGAUGGGAUCCUUGGUUCUGGCAGUGGGACUGUGGCUACGUUUUGAUCCAAAAACUGUGUCUCUGCUCAGUGGCGAUAAGGCUCCAGACACCUUCUUCAUUGGUGUGUAUAUCCUGAUAGGUGCUGGCAGUCUGGUAAUGCUGGUUGGUUUCUUUGGCUGCUGUGGAGCUGUUAGAGAAUCUCAAUGCUUGCUGGGUUCGUUCUUUGCCUGUCUGUUGAUCAUCUUUGGAGCUGAGGUGGCAGCAGGGGUGUUUGGAUUCCUAAACAAAGACAAGAUAAUAGAAGAUGUUCAGAACUUCUACACAACAACCUAUAAUGAAAACAGUAACAGCACAUCGAUCGUCUCAUACCAGAAUGUACUGAACUGUUGUGGAACUCGGGCUAGCCCCUGUCCUAAUAACAAAUCGGACAUAAAGGACUGUGAGACAGGCAUCCAGGACUUCUUCAACAGUAAACUCUUCAUCAUUGGGUACGUGGGCAUCGGCAUCGCUGGAGUCAUGAUCAUCGGGAUGAUCUUCAGUAUGGUGCUCUGCUGUGCUAUUCGGAACAGCAGAGAGGUCAUCUAAGCUGCCCCUCACCCCUAAUGUACCCAGCCCAGAAAGACUGUACAGCCUUCAAAUCAGAUGUUAACCCCUGUCCAUCAUCUACCCAGGGACCCAGGAAAUAGACCAUGUUCAAAAAGUCCUUCCCACUAUGGUGCUCAACCCAGCUCUCCUGGUCUUUCUCUAUUUUUUCUGUAUUUUUUUCUUUAUUUAUUUGCUGUGACAAGCAAAGUAGUAUGCUGUACUCUUAGUCAUUCACAUAUUCAGUGGGAACAGUACCUCUAUUUGUGAUGUUGACCCUACAAUCUUUCAAAUUGUUUUUCCUCAUGGCCAUUUGGCUACCACUACAAAUUUUAAACCACAUACUGUUGCAGUGGUGUCAAUGCUUUUUCACAUAGUCUUGACACUGACCCUUUGGCUGUGGGAAACUUAAGCCCUGAGAGAGCAAUCUGAGGUGAAAGCAGCUGAGUUUGCUUGUCCAUUUCACACAAAUGAACACACACACACACACACGCACGCACACGCGCAUGACACACAAGCACAGCAAUGUUAUGCUACGUGAAACCACGGCCUUAAAAAAGGUUGUCUGGCAUCUCGUAGGGAAUCCUGAUUGGUGGAAUCGGAGUGGAGUGGAGUGGAGAGGGAAUGGCAAGUGAAUGCUUCGAGAGUGCAUCCAUCAUGCACACAUCACACACAUAUAACACACACACUGUGAACUGUGCAACCAACACAAAUUGCUGUCUACAAGACAAAUCCACAGUUAUCAUAAAGGGAUAAUUCAACAUUUGGGGAGAUAUGCUUAUUUAAUUUCUUGCUGAGAGUUAGGUGAAAAUAUUUAUAGCAUUCCGAAGUCUGCAUGGUAAAUAUGAAGCUACAGCCAACAGCCAGUUAGCUUAGCUUAGCAUAAAGACUUGAAAUUUGGGGGAACAGCCAGCCUGGCUCUGAGGGGAAGUUUUUUUUUUUUGAGAGUGGUAUCAGUUUUCUCAUCUAACUCUUGGCAAGUAAGCGUGUUUCCCAACAUUAGAGUCAUAUGUUGAACAAAAAUAAAUGCAAAAGCUGCAUGGAGAAGUAGGAAAAGUAUAUCCAAAAUUCUGCAUUUGAAAAUGGUUAGCAAAAAGCAUAGAUGAUUUGUAGUUAAGGAGCUAAAACUUGCAAACACAUUGGUAUGGUCCUUUAAAGAUGAUUAUAAAAACAGCCUCAGGCGAACGGAACUACAGACUAAAUUCUCUCUUUAUCCCAAAGGAAAAGCUCCUCAUCUGUUUGGCAGAGCGACCUGAUGACAUAAAUACCACUUCCUACCCUUUCUUUGUUGAUAUGUAUGCUCUCUUAGACUCUCUUACAUAAGAGAGCGCCCAUGAGUCUGUGUUGACUAUAUGUCAAAAAGACCCAGAUCAGGUGGACAUGUUUACAGGCUAAACAUAUACUAGGUUGUUAACUGAGAAUAGGCACCGGGGCUGUGAAAUUCAGUUAUCCAAGCCAGGCCUUUGAUCUCUUCCCACUUCCAUCUUUUUUCCCCUCUGUGCCUUGAAAGUACACCGCCUACCAUAAAAACUCAGAAACAAACCUUUAUAUUCCUCUCACCUCAUCAACAUCAGCAGAUAGGAGGGCCGGACAGACAUGUUCAACCUGGAAUCACUUCCAUUUAUCCAAGUUCAAUCAGGACACUGUUAAUUCUGCAGGGUCUAUUCCAAGUGUCAGGACUCCGUUAUGUAAAUAUGUGUGAGUUUUUUGUAGUUGUACAUUAUUUGUGGCUGAUUUGACCGUUAUUAUUUAACAUGCUGUGUGUAGACAGAGGCUUGCAGUAGUUGUACAGUGUUGUAGUCAUGACAGUGUUUGCGAUAGUCAAACAGAGCCAAAACAGCCCCUUAACGUGCCUUUCUUUGAUAACAAGCUAUUUUUGAACAGCAGGCUGUCUGGACGUAGCGAAAGAACGUAGCAAAAGUGUACAUAUGUUUGUAGAGUUGGACUGCAAUUGAAUUGUCACACACAUUCGACGAGUAGCACAUACGGCUCGAUUGACUUACCAUUACUAUUUUAGUGUGUAAAAGUGUCACACUCAAUUGUGUCUUCCAAGCCAAGAGAGCUGAAGUGGUGAAAGCAACUCAUUCAUCAGCCAACUAUUUCAAAAGCCUCUUGACACUAAGAAAAUCUCAAUUAUCUUAAUAUUGUUUAUAUCCAAAUGACGAGAGGCCAGUAGGCGGUGUUACAUCUGAGGAGACAAGACUAUCACUUCAGAGGCUAGAACAGGUUAGAACUGGAUGAACUAGAAACAGGUUUAGUGCUACUCAAUCCACAAAGCUGUUACUUUGUUCUUCAGUUAUUUGUUGGAGCAAAUCUAAAGAUAUAACAUACUGUGCACCUAAAAACAUUGUGUACGCUGUCGAGCCUUUCAUAGUUGAUUGUGUGUGGUAAUUUAUUUUAAUACCAUUCCAGGCUUCUCAGGAAGAUAGGUGUUUGAAGUUUAAUAAAGCAUUUAAAGUUUUA